GCCAGGCUGCGGGCACGGUUCGGUGACCAUGGAGGGGGCUGCUCCGAUCUCUCCCCUGCCUGUUGAAGCGGAAGGGGGACUCCCGCGUGGCUGCGCGCUCGGGGAGCUCCCGCGGCCGCUCUGAAGCGCAGACAUGCCGGGGAGGCUCAGGUACAGCACGGCUCUGACUGGUCUCUCCGCGUCUUUCACGAGUUCGCACCUGAGCGCCUCAGAGGCAGCCACUUCGCAUGGAGGUAGGUCCCCUCCAGGCCCCGUGGCAAGCUGAAGCUGUGCUAGUUGGUUUCCCUUCUUGAAGUGGAGGCGUGUGGGGCGGAGGAAGGAAGGACCCGAAACUUCAGACGCGCAGACUGGCUGUUUGCCCGCGCCAGCGUCCCGAGGGCGGAAAGUCACUGUCUGAGCCAGCAGACCCCAGGGGGCGCCUUAAGAAAUGGCCCCGAGCACCCGAGGAUGAGCCCCAGCUCCGAGAGCCGCGGGAAAGGGGCGAUAAAGGUCCACGCAGCGCAGCACGUCCUAGCCGUCCAAGUGCCCUGGAGAGCCGGGCUGGAUCCGCCGGCAGAGAUGCGGGGCGGCCAUGGAUCGCUCUGCUCGUGGCCGCUGGCAGCCGAGGCCCCGGGUGUUUAACCCAGGACGCCGCUACGCUUGUGGGAGCUUGGGGCCGCUACAGCCGGGUGCAAACUUACUGCCGGGCUCCAGCGGUCCCCUUGGCCUGGUCCCCGGGGGCGGAGAAUGGCGUGGCGCGGCUGCUGCUGCUCCAGCCUGGGUCACCUGAAUGAGGAUAACGCCCGCUUCCUGCUGCUGGCCGCGCUCAUCAUCCUGUACAUGCUGUGCGGGGCUGCCGUGUUCUCGGCCAUCGAGCUGCCCACCGAGAGGGAAGCCAAGGAGAAGUGGGAGGAGAGGUUCGUGAACUUCAGCCAGAGGCACAACCUGAGCCGGGCGGAGCUGCAAGAUUUCCUCCGGGAAUACCAAGAAGCCAGUGUAGCCGGGAUUCGGGUCGAUGACAUCAGACCCCGAUGGGAUUUUACCGGGGCCUUUUAUUUUGUGGGGACUGUGGUUUCAACAAUAGGGUUUGGCAUGACCACCCCAGCCACCGUUGGAGGGAAAAUUUUUCUGAUAUUUUAUGGCCUUAUAGGAUGUGCAGGGACCAUUUUAUUCUUUAACCUGUUCCUGGAGCGCUUGAUCACAGUCAUAGCCUACAUCAUGAAAUCCUGCCAUGAAAGACAGCUGAGGAGAAAAGGGGUCCUCCCUCAUGACAGCCGGCGGGGCUCAGGGAACUCUGAGGUGGACAGCUUAGCAGGGUGGAAACCAUCUGUGUACUACGUCAUGCUCAUUUUAUGUGUCGCAUCACUCAUCAUUUCCUGUUGUGCCUCUGCAAUGUACACACCUAUCGAAGGGUGGAGUUACUUUGACUCACUUUACUUUUGUUUCGUGGCCUUCAGUACUAUUGGUUUUGGUGACCUGGUUAGUAGCCAAAAUGCCAAGUAUGAGAGCCAAGGCCUGUACCGAUUUGGCAAUUUUGUCUUCAUACUCAUGGGGGUUUGCUGCAUCUAUUCCUUAUUUAAUGUGAUCUCAAUUGUUAUCAAACAGUCCAUAAACUGGGUAUUAAAGAAGAUGGAUUGCCGGUGCUGCCCCAGAUGCCAAAGAAAAUUGUUUAGGUCACGGCGGAAUGUUGUGAUGCCGGGGAAUGUGCGGAGCCGGCGAAACAUCUCCAUUGAGACUGAUGGUGUCAAUGAGAGUGACACCGACGGACGCCGGUUGUCUGGCGAGAUGAUCUCUAUGAAAGACUUCUUAGCCUCCAAUAAAGUCUCACUGGCCAUCAUGCAGAAACAGCUGUCAGAAACUGCCAAUGGCUACCCCAGGCAGUUGAACUCUAGUUCUAAACAUAAUGGAUUCUCUGGCGGGGUAGGAGCCCUGGCAAUUAUGAAUAACAGGCUGGCAGAGACAAGCGUGGAUAGGUAAAAAAAAGUCAAAACAAUGGAAAAUGCAUCAACAAGUAUAGAAAUAACUAGCCAAUGAAUGUCAUCAGAGAGGCAGAGCUAAAUGAAAAGGACACCUUCUGUGAGAAGAUCUCUCAGUUUUUGGCAAGGAACUGUCAGUUAAUAUCUAUUGUUUUUUGCACUACUCAGCUCUCUACCUUCUUUUCCCCCCUUCCAUUUGGACCCUGGUCACUGAAGGAGAAUUUUCAAACUAAAUAUAAGGUAGCUCCAACACCAAUUUUCUAUGGGCCUCCCCUCCCCUCCCCCCGUGUAUUUACAUUAUGGUUAGUUUCAGGAAUAAAGAAUUGAUGGCUUGGGAGAAAUCACCUUCCAUAAUAUUGGAAUGAAAUUCUGCAUUGAGCUUAUUUUUAGUUCAGAAUUGAUAUUGGGGUUUCUGUUUGCUUUUGUUCCAAUCCUUUUAGACCUGGUUUCUGAAUGUAGCUUGUCUGAAACCAAAAGAGGAACCAUUAUAAGCCUUUCUCUGCACCAUCUAUAUUUUUGCACUCCUAAUUUAAGUGAGUAAAAAGCAAACUAUUUUUACUAAAUCUGUCUUCUCAAAACAAAUUCCUGUUCUGAAACAACUAUGUCAGUAAAGUAAAAAUUUGUUGUCCAGUACAGCAGUAUAAAUUUGGAGUAAUUUCAUCAGUGUCAACAGAAUUAUUCUGCUGUUACACUAGUGUAACUGAGAACAGAAGUUGGUCUUAAGAAUGUAACUUAGUCUUCCCCUGAGAGGACAUUGUCAAAAAUGAUAAAGUGAAAAUUAGACCUACUUUUGCUUUCUUAUGUGCGUUUGCAAAGUACAUUUAAUAUUUUCUAAGUUAACUUUUCCUCUAAAAACUGAAUCAAUUAAAUUUUCUUUAAAAAAAUUAAAUAUGGAUAGACAGAUCUCAUGAGCAAUCCUACAAUAACAAACAAGGACUGCUUCUAAAAAUGUGUGUACAGUGCCCCAUACUGAUUGCAGUUAAUGAGCACUGAUGUACCGUGUAAGAAUAUUUACACAAUGAACAGAUUUCAUUGCAGAAACAGAUUACAACGUCAGCAUUACAAGACAUUAUUCCAAGUACCCAUUAGCACAAGAAAUGUAAGAAGUGAUGAAAAACACUUUUGAGUGUUCUUUUUUAACAUUUGAGUUGGUAUAUUAUUCCACCAGCUCUGGCCUUUGGUGAUGAUAAUGAUAGGGUCUUGAUUAAGAAAAUGGAAAAUGUAUAACUCAUCAUUUUGCUAAAUAAAAGGAUCUCAGUGCUGAUUAUGAACUGGCUGAAGACCUAAAUGAGAACUGUUUUAAUGGUCAGAAAAACAUGGAAACAGGAAAUUAGAUAAGUUAAUGGAGGUAGCGUGGCAUUUUGCAUUAGGUGACAGUAAAAAUAAGGGAUUAAAUUCAAAGGAUAUUGCUAAGUAAAAAUUCUAGGUCAUAUUCUUGCUUCCUUUACACUUAUGCUAUUAAAGUAAGUGAGGAUAUGUGGAAGUAAAUGUGAAGAAUUUGGUGACAUGGGUCCUUUUUUAGUGUCUAUUGAAGUCAGGGGAUUUGGAUAGAGAGAGUUAAACAAAGUCUUACUUGUGUUACCCAUAAUACUGUUUAGAUUAUCACAAUUUAAAGACAUUUUAAAUAUCUAAUAUAAUUUUCAUAUUUAUGCAGAUUCUUUUUUCAUUUCAUUUACGUGGAUCAUGGUGGACUGGCCUCAUUUGUGUUAGGAUUCCCUUUCUGCCUUGCUAGUUGCUCUUGUGUCUGAGUUCAUAACACUUCAGGAGAAUAUUUACACACACUAAAUAUAUACUGCAUUUAAAAAUAUGUUGACAUCUCAUGAGGGUUUUACAAUUCAGCACUUUAAAAAAAAUGUUGGUUGGCCCUAAGAUACUGCACAUUUGCACUGCCUAUUUAACAAUUAAAUUGCAAAGAAUAGUAAGCUGUUCAUAGGAUUCGACAGCUAAAGUCCUGAUCCAAAGCCAAAUCCUGCUCAUCUUGCUUACACAUUUAGUAGCUCUGUUUGAAGACAGUAAGCCUUCUGAUCUCACUGAGUUUUUUUACAGCUGGCAUUUCCAUUGACUUCAAUGGGAUCACUCUUUAUUUGUGCAAACAUGAGAUCAGAAUCAGGCCAGAAUAUAUAGGCAAACAGUUUAUUAUUUUUUGAAUGCCAUUAUUCUAUCUGAUGGUCAGUGUUAUAUAAACAUAGAGGAAG